AUGGCGGCGGAGGAGGAGGCUGCCGAGCCCGCACCCAAGAGGAGCGCAUCCGAUGAAUCGGCCGGGCCCAGAUCACAGAAACAGGCACGUGAUAGCUUCUAUGACGGCAAAGCCAUCAGCCAUGGCGAUCUCAUCAGCGACCUUCCCGACGCCAUCCUCGGCACCAUCAUCUCCCUGCUCCCCAUCAAGGACGGUGCCCGCACGCAGGCCAUCGCCCGGCGAUGGUGUCCCCUAUGGCGCUCCCCGCCUCUCAACCUCGACGUCCCGUACCACCUCGUCGACGGGGUCGAGCGUCUCUCCGCCGUCUGCAGGAUCCUGUCGAACCACCCUGGCCCAGCACGCCGCUUUGACGUCUGCCCGCAGAUCGAGGGCUGGUUCCAUUCCCGAGCCCUUGACAACAUUCAGGAGCUCCACAUCAGCUUCACGCUCUGCCCUCUGCCGUUGUCUGUGCUCCGCUCAGCAUCGACCCUGCUCUUGGUCAGCAUUGGAUCCUGCGAUUUCCCGAGGGAGAUGGCACCUUCGCUGAGUUUCCCCCUCCUCAAGCAGCUCAAGCUGUGGAGCGUUUCCAUCUCCGAGGAUGUCUUCUCGAGGGUGCUCUCUAGCUGCCAUGUCUUGGAGAGCUUACAUUUGUCGAGGAUUCUUGAGGGGUCUUGCCUUUGCAUUAGUUCACCAACUCUUAGGAUCAUCGUCACCCUUCGUUUGUUCGAAGGCAAAGGAAAAUUGGUCAUUAAGGAGGCCCCUCAUCUUGAAAGGCUGCUAUUGCGUUCUCCAAGCUUAGGCGUCGAGGCUAUCCAGGUAGUUAGGGCACCUAAACUGGAGAUACUGGGCCUUUUGUCUCCCUGCGUGUUACAAAUUCAGAUCAACAAUCUAGUCUUCCAGGGAUUAAUCCCAUCGAGCUUGGAAAACCCAAUACGCAGUGUAAAGGUUUUGGCUCUCCAGUUCUGUGGCCCUGAUUUGAACGCGGUUCUUGGAAUCCUGAGAUGCUUCCCCUACUUGGAAAAGGUCUAUGUCAUUUGGGACGAACGUGUAAAGGCAGAGAUGAAAAAUGUGUGUCAGUAUAACCCACUCGAUCCAAUCAAAUGCCUUGAGAGCCAUCUCAAAGUACUGGUGUUGAAGAAUUAUGAAGGUGGUGAGGAAGAGAUUGACUUUGUCAAGUUCUUUGUUUUGAAUGCUAAAGUGGUGAAGGAAAUCAAAUUUGCACUGUCUAAGAAGAUUCGCAUCGAUGAGAAAUGGAUGACCGAUCAACUCAGUCUACUAAAAGUGGAAAAUAGAUCUUCUCAAGAGGCUCAACUGGAAUUCAGAAGUGGUUAA